GUGCAGAAGCAGGUGCGCUUUUGGUUCGCCACAGGAGGAGCAGGGUUCUGUCUGAGCCGUGGCCUCGCUCUCAAGAUGAAACCCUGGGCGAGCGACGGCACUUUCAUGGCGACUGCUGAGCACAUUCGCCUCCCUGACGACUGCACUGUUGGUUACAUCGUGGACGCGCUGCUUGGUGUGGGCCUCAUCCGCUCGGCUUUGUUCCACUCCCACCUGGAGAACCUGGGACUGGUUUCAGACAUACACAACCAGGUUACUCUCAGCUACGGCACUGUGGAAAACAGCAGAAACGCUGUCAAUGUGAAAGGCCCAUUUUCAGUUAAUGAAGAUCCUACAAGGUUCAGGUCUGUCCAUUGUCUGCUGUACCCAGACACUCCUUGGUGCCCCAGCCCCCGGCGACUUUAACAGCCAUGCAGAGACAAAGAGGGAGGGAUGGACUGACGGGGAGAAGAAGUAAAUGUCUCAAAAAAGAUAAAGAGAAGAAGUCCCACUGCUGCCAUCUUCUGACUCCUAAAGAAUCUCCAAAACACUUGUGCAUACAGCUGUCUUGACUUUUUAGGAGUGCGUACCGCCUCAUUAGCUUGACACCUGAACUCCGACGCUGAAAAUCGUUACUUGGUGUCAAAAGGCCAGAAAUUGCCACACGAGAAGAAGACGAGAAGUCAAAAUUGUUGGGUGGAUGAAAAAUGGAGAGACAACUUUGCUAUUCUUAGAAGAGAAGAAAAUCUAAAGUUUGGCCUGAUGGCGGCGCGAGAGGGAAAGCCAAAAUCAAAAAGAGCAGAGCCUGUCACACCUGCGUCGUCUUUCUUCUGUCUAAUCUCGACAUUCAGCUUCAGUUGUCCUUGCCCUUUCAGUUUCAGCUCUUGUUUGUUAGCUUUAGCUGUACUCCAGCUCAGUUGUGCACUGAGUUUAGUGCUAAUGUUGGUAUGUAACACCGCGAUGGUAACCCUGGUCUAUUGGCCCCGGCUUCCUGUUUACCGUACAGGCAUGAAGGGGUAUCAGUCUUCUCAUCUGACACCUGGCACGAAUGCAAAAAUCCUGCUUCUCAAAAUGUUGAAUCACAUCUUUUAAGUCAGAUAAGCAAAACCCCUUCAUUUGGAGGAAGAACUGAGAGUGAGCACCUGUGAAAUGUCGGUAAUAAUCCUGAACCUGAAAGGUGUGUGUGUGCAAACGCAACUAUUUUAAGCAGAGAAGGUCAAAGUUGAACCAAGAACUUGUCUGUAAACUUAUAGUUUGCAUUUAAUUUCUCUUUCAAGUAAGUUUGACUGACCGGGCAGUUUGUUUAAAACCUGCAUGAGCAUCUCACUGCUCACGUUUCUUUAUUAUACUUUAUUAGACUUCUCUGAAGGAUGUAGAUGUGUUUAGAUCUCAGCUAUUAACUUACAAAUAAUUACUGAUAGAAGUGACGGGCAAAACGAGAUCGCAGUUGUGACGAACGGAAAUCGUUUUUUUACGUAAAGUGUCAAGUAAGUGGUAAACUUGAUCAGCCGGUGGCCUAGAGUAAAAGUCAGGGGAUGGCCCCAGUGACAGUAAACAUUUGCACCAAAUUCAGGUGUCAUCCAUCCAGUGCUUGCCUGGACAUGUCAUUUUGGACGGAAGUGUUGGACCAGCAAACAAACCCGCAGGCCGACAUCUUCCUCCCUGGAGCCGAGAAGACUGAUUUGAAUGGCUUCUCUUUCUCCUCUCACCUUGGGUCCACUCGAAGCGGGGGUUUUAUCCUCACAUCCUCAAACAUUUCCCAUGCCCUCUCUCCACCUCCUCAGCUGUGAAAGACAAUUCUUUUGAAUGUAUGUGAGCACUUCGCUUGGCUGCCCACUCUGCACCCCUACGUGCUCCAUGGUUUGCCAGUUGUGGAUUCAACACUAGGGGCUGUUGGGAGUGAACCGACGAAGCGAAGCAAUCAAACACAGAAACGCAGAAGGAAUGAUCAAUCAUUAAUCAUUUUUUUAGCAUAAUGAAGCAAAAAAACCAUUUUGAUGAUGUUACAGAAUCCAGACUCCUUUUCUGAAGUUAUAUUUCGUCAGUGUUCAGUAUCAUCCUCUCUCUGAAGUAUGUUAUCAUGACUGUAUGACUCAGCACUUUGCCGUUUUAUUUCUGCUGUUUGCAAGUCAACAUUUGAUAAAAAAAAGCAUCAAAAGAAUAGUCUGAUAUUUGUCCAAAACAAUUCCCUGUAAAGCUACAAAUUGUUGUUUUAACACUUCGGUUUUUGUACAGAUUAAUCAAACAAGAUUCUAUAUGUUAAUUAGUGAGAUUUAGAGGUGAUCUGGCUACCUGUUUUCCCCCUGUUUCCAAUAUUUAUGCUAAGCUAAGCUAACUGGCUGCUGUCGGUAGCUUCAAUCUUUAUUGUACAGGCAUGAGGGCAGUAUCAAUCUUCUCAUCUAACUCUCAGCAAGAAAGCCACUAAUCAGACUUCCCAAAAUGUGGAACUAUUCCUCUAACAACUCUGUAUGGACUAUUGAGGCCUCUGUUACAAAAUAUCCUUCAAAAAACAUGGUGGACAUCACCUUUCUUUAUCCAUUAAAAUGGGUGGAUUAUGAUUGUUAAUGAUGUUGGACUAACAAAGAUAUUAUCCCCUUCGAGGUUUUUAUUGAGAAAUGACUCAUGUUGGGUCGUCUUCUAUCUUUCUGUGCAUUGAAAGCAGUUAUUCUGACUGAAUGAAAGAUUUUAAGUUAAAUUUCUUUCCCUUGUUAAAUGAAUGUGUAUGAUGAACCAUUGCUUCUGAAGCGUACAUUCUCUCUCCAGUAUCUGGACUGUCUGUAGACAUUAUGGCUGAAGUUAAUAAAGAAAAGUUUUUGGUCAAA